AAUACCAGUUUGGACUCCCUGUGUUUGGUUGUUGAUGAGCUGCCAUCGAAAGCGAAAGUUACACAGACUAGCUAUAAAACCUAAGUGCUUACCAAAAUAACAGCGAAACUUUUCUCGUUAAUAGACUAGGGAAGUUCAGGAGACGUUUUUGAACAACUCUAUCGUAUCUAAAACAGAAAGAGAAACGAUUGGAGUAGUUGUACCGGCAUCUGUGAUUCAAGAUGGGAGCAGAGCAUUCUUUAGAACUGAGACGUAGACAAGGUCUCCCUCCAGAGUUGGCUGAUGCCCUUCUCACUAGUGCAUUGCUGGAGGCCCUUCAAGAAGCUGCCAGUGAGUCGGAUGGCUCUUCAGAGAUGUUAGAACAUGCUUGGGAUCCAAGGGAUUGUUCACCACCCUUUGUAGUUCUGCCUGACAGACUGACGGCAAGAAGGCGACCUUCAAUACUCACUACAGACUGUAUACGAGGCAAAAAAGGGUAUCGAGGUGGACAACACGUCUGGGAGAUUAAAUGGGAAAAUGAAGAAAGAGGAACAUUCGCCAUUGUUGGAGUGGCCACACCUAAAGCUCCUUUACAGUCUCUGGGUUAURAGCCCCUUAUUGGCAGCAACAGCGAAUCUUGGGGGUGGGAUAUUGUCAGCAAGACACUUUGGCAUUGCGGAAAAAGGGGCAGUUAUCCAGCAGUUAGGACAGGAUUCCAAGUACCUGAUACAUUCUUUGUAAUCUUGGAUAUGGACCAGAGGACGCUGAGUUUUUCAACGAGUGAUUUACAUUUGGGUGUUGCCUUUACUGAUCUACCAAAACAGUUGGAUCGUCCAAUGUGCCCUGUUGUGAACGCCAUCUUCGGCAACUGUGACAUCCGUAUGAGAUACAUGGGGAAGGGUGAAUCCAUUAUUUCAAACCUCCGACGUCCUAUAGCUUUUCAUCGCGCAACGUCCGAGACCCCAUCUGAAGCUCCCAAAAAGGCGAGCGAGGACUCUAGGCGAAAAUCAACGGGAACACCAGGAAAAGACUCGGAUAGCUCUGUAGUGGAAGCGUCUAAACGUUACCAGUUUGCCCGUCAUAAACACGGUGAAAAUGUUGCAGUCAUGUAUGCAGGGAAGAAGGCCAAACGCGUGGAUCCGUUUGGUUCUUGCUGUGAUGGUGUUGUUAUUACUUCUGAGCCACUUAAAGACAACGAGCUGUUUGAAGUGCGCUUGGACAGCAAGAUAGACAGAUGGGUUGGCAGCCUUUUUAUUGGUGCUACAACUAAUGAUAGUAACUCCUUCAGCACUUUUCCACAAAUCAUGGUUGACUACACUCAAGGAAGCAACUUUAUGUGGGCAGGAGAUCAAAUUGUUUUUAAUAAAAAAUUGACGACGACUGUUAAAGAAGACACAGGCAAAUUGACGACAGGAGAUCGAAUUGGUGUAAUGCGCAAAUCAGACAACAGUUUGCACUUUUACUUGAAUGGCAAAGACAUUGGGAACUGCUUCAAAACAAUCCCUGAUGUUCUGUACGGAGUUGUGGAUAUAUAUGGACAGGCAGAACAAGUUACCAUCACAGGAGGAACCGCAGAAACCCAAUCAAGCAAUGAUGAUGAGAAGUCAGGCGAGCAGGAUCAUAUUAUUGUCAUGGUCCAGAUGAAAAAGGCCAUCGAAAUGAUGAAACUGCCAUUCAAUCCUCUUUUGAUAAUUAAAAUGCUAUAUACCAGUGUCGCUGAGCCAUACACAAAUACGCAGGACCGAGCAGUGCGACAGAGAUAUGGUGAUCAUCUCUCAGAUAUUGGAGCAGUACCGGAGCUGAAAAAGUUUUUGGAAAGACUUGAUCGACCGGAUCUUGGCAUCGAAAGCAAAGAAGGUUGGAUUGGGAUGACCAUUGUGCGCAGCAUUCUCUGGAAUUAUUCAGACGCUAGUUUGAAGAUUGCCAAAGAAAUUGGAAAAUGUGGGCUUUUGGGAAGGUUUGUCAAUGAUCUGAAGCGGAUUGGACCAUCAGGAGCUUUUGGAGAUGAGAAACAGAAAAGAAUCAUUGAUUCUGCCGUCAACAUAUUGCACAACUGUGCUAAGGCAACAGAGAAUCGUCAGGUCUUUCGUGACAUCAAUGCCGUAGAGAUCCUUGCUCCAUUCWUGAAAUGCGAAGACUCGGACACUGUGAUAUCAGCGCUGUUGGCAAUGUCUUACAUCAUUGAAGACAACCAAAAACAUCUUCUUGAUGCAGACACAAAGACAAUUGCCAAGUUGCGGGGGAUGUUAGUCAACGCAGCAAAUAGCCCGGGUCUGAGAGGAAGUGUAGAUAGCUCUUCUUGGUCAGCCUUUGAGAUCGUCUCUGGGAUUGCUAACAUCGCAGUCAACGAGAAGAACCGCGCGAACUUGAUUGAAGCAGGUGUCAUUCCUCCGCUUUUCGAUGUGAUCAAGAAAGGUGAACCAAUGGACAAAGAAUGCUCAGCUAAUGCAUUGUGGGUCCUAGCAAAUUCUGAACCGGGCAAAAAGAAGAUACGUGAUUAUCCUGGUGCCAUGGCAACGCUGAAUGGAUUGAGUAAGAACUCAAACAAAAGUAUCGCAGCCGCGGCUGAAAGAGUUCUAUUGAGAAUAAAGCAACAACCUAUGCAACAAGGAGUACCGUUAAGAGGGAUGCCAAGGAAGAAUUGUUCUUACAAAGAAACAUGCAGAUUAUUCAUUGCAGCACUCGAUCUUAACGAUGUUUUAUUUGACCACAAGUACGACAAAUGCUACUGCACAGAAUGUCACGCAUCACGCAAUGAGAAACUCUACUACACACAAGGCAAACCCGCCAAGGACUAUGCCAUACCUAUUGGAUGGGCUCGAUUUGCACUCAAGAUGGAAAGAACGGCUGUAAUACACAAUUGUGACACAGAUUGGCACGUCGCUUACCAUGGUACUUCUCCAGACAGUGUGAAGUCAAUACUCGAAGAUGGAAAACUUCUUAUGCCAGGUGACGAGACUCUGGAAGGAAAAAGAUUGUGUGAGGUAGAUGGACACUUUACCGAUGACAACAAGCCUGAAGGAUUCAACACCAAGCAGAUCUUCGUAUCACCAAGUAUUCGAUACUCUGGGCKAGAAGUCUACGCYAAGUCCAAGAGGUUCGAGGAUCCACAAACRAAGAAGACCUAUAAAGCCAAGGUUGUUUUUCAGUUGUGGAUCAAACCUGACAGCUACAAGGUUGGUCAACAGACCGUCGGUGCCGAAAACGAGAUUGAUCCGAAAUUCAGCAACCAGGARAUMGAAUGGGCAACAGCACGAAGGARUGCCAUUCAUCUUUAUGGGGUUCUUGUACACCUCGAAGAAUAAAUAGAAACAUUUGUCUUCAACUGUAGAUCACGCGGGAUUGGUAUCGUUAAUCUCUCUGCAGAUGAUUAUUGCAUGAGGAAAAAAACUUUUCAAUUUCACCAGGUAGAACAUUAAUGAAUCCGUCAGUAAAAUAGUUUACGCACACCUAUAACUAUAAUGAAACGUAAUAUUUUCUACAUUACAUGGUAGCUAGCGUUACAACCUCUACAGGGAAAUAGCAGAGAUUAUUCAACUUCACCAGGUAGAACAUUAAUGAAUCCGUCAGU